UCUUUAAAAGAAGGGGGAAAAAAACAAAAAAAAAAACCCAGAAAAGCAAACCAAUAAAUAAAAGCAACAAAAUCAAUGCCGCGCCUCUGCCAGCGCUCGGACUUGUUUGGAAAGAGACAACGCUGAAGUGGCACAGGUCCCGAGGAAAACGGAUCCUUUAAUUUGACUCCGCAUGAGAAGCGCAUUUGGAGCCGGGCGCAGCGGCAGCAGCGGCAGGAGCAGCCCCGCAGCCCCCGCAGCCCCCGCGGGGCUCGGCGGCCCCCGCGGCCCGGAGCUGCCGGAGCCGCUCGGGCACGGGCGGAGCAGCAGCGCCCUUCGGCCGCAGGAACCCGCCCGGAGGGGAGAGGCGGAGGGGAACGAGAGCUGCUGAUCCCGGAGCGCUCCAGCCAUCAGCCGCAGUCACCGGCUUUGACUUUGUUUCGGCGGGGAACUCGCGUCGUGUCCUCGGCAUCUCGGGCUCCGGGACCAGCUCACUUUGCACUUCGUUCAACGAGCAGCGCCGUCGUUCGGUUUCCUUCUUUUUUUUCUUUUUUUUUUUUUUUUUCUUCAGAGACAAAAUGUCCAAAAAUGGUUCAGCCUGCUUAGCCCAAUGAUUUCUUGCAUGGACGCUCUAUUUUCUUUUUUUUUCUUUUUUCUUUUUUUUUUUUUUUUAAUUAUUAUUUUUGGACGGGGAAGGAUAGGGUAAAAGAAAUCGUUCAGCGGUUUGCUCCCCGUUAAGGAGAAGAUCAAGAUCCUAUUCCCAGCUGCACGCAGAGGACGAAAGCUGCCGUAGGUCUUUCAGUCUGGGUUUGGGAGCCCUCGCUACUGCAGGGUCAGAGCAGAACUGCCUUCUCCGAGCGGCUUUCCAGUCCUGGUUGUAGCUCAGAAAUCGCCUCCCCCCUCCUCGCACCAUUUCUGUUGGUGGUGUUUUUGUUUGGUUGGUUUAGCUUUAUUUUUUUCCUCCCCUUUUUGUCCUUUUUUUUUUUUCUUCCCCGUUCGUUUAUUAUUAUUAUUAUUGUUAUUAUUAAUUAUUGGUUUGGGUAAAUUCCCUUCCUUCAACGAAAAUACUAACUCUGCAGUGGAAAUCCAUGCCCCCAGCCAUUCGGAAGAAUCGGGUCUAAUAUGCCAGUGACAUCCCCGCCUUGCAGCAGUCGCGAUGAAGGAAAAAUCCAAGAACGCGGCAAAGACUAGACGGGAAAAAGAAAAUGGAGAAUUCUACGAACUGGCCAAACUCCUGCCCUUGCCCUCGGCCAUCACCUCGCAGCUGGACAAGGCUUCCAUCAUCCGCCUCACCACCAGCUACCUGAAAAUGCGAGCGGUCUUCCCCGAAGGUCUGGGCGACGCCUGGGGACAGCCGAGCAGGAUCGGCCCCUUGGAUAACGUGGCCAUGGAGCUCGGAUCCCACUUGCUUCAGACUUUGGAUGGCUUUGUUUUCGUGGUGGCGUCCGACGGCAAAAUAAUGUACAUUUCUGAAACAGCAUCCGUGCACCUUGGCCUGUCCCAGGUGGAGCUGACUGGAAACAGCAUUUACGAGUAUAUCCACCCCUCAGAUCACGAUGAGAUGACUGCUGUCCUCACUGCCCACCAGCCUCUUCAUCCUCACCUCCUGCAAGAAUAUGAAAUUGAGAGAUCCUUUUUCCUGAGGAUGAAAUGUGUCCUAGCCAAGAGGAAUGCAGGGCUGACGUGCAGUGGCUACAAGGUGAUCCACUGCAGUGGCUACUUGAAGAUCCGUCAGUACAUGCUGGAUAUGUCCCUGUACGAUUCCUGCUACCAAAUCGUCGGGCUGGUGGCCGUGGGGCAAUCUCUGCCUCCCAGUGCCAUCACUGAGAUCAAGCUCCACAGUAACAUGUUUAUGUUCAGAGCCAGUUUGGAUUUAAAACUGAUAUUCCUCGAUUCCAGGGUUACAGAAUUAACUGGAUAUGAACCCCAGGAUCUGAUAGAAAAAACCCUGUACCACCACGUCCACGGCUGUGACGUUUUCCACCUGCGAUACGCUCACCACCUGUUGCUGGUGAAAGGCCAAGUGACCACCAAGUACUACCGGCUGCUGUCCAAGCAGGGAGGCUGGGUGUGGGUGCAGAGCUACGCCACCAUCGUGCACAACAGCCGUUCGUCACGGCCUCACUGCAUAGUGAGUGUCAAUUAUGUCCUUACAGAUAUCGAGUACAAGGAACUUCAGUUGUCACUGGACCAGGUUACCAUUUCCAAAUCACAGUUUUCAUGCAGAAACUCAGUACCUACCUCUCAGGAAACAAGGAAAAUAGUAAAACCCAAAAGUAAUAAAAUGAAGGCAAAACUCAGAGCAACACCUUACCCACCACAGCAAUACAGCUCGUUCCAAGCAGACAAACUGGAAUGCAGCCAGGUGGGGAGCUGGCGCUCCAGCCCUGCCGCCAGCGCCGCCGCCCUGCAGGAACAGAACUUCCAUUCAGAGAGCAGUGAACUCCUGUACGCCCCUCCCUACAGCCUGCCCUUCUCCUACCACUAUGGACACUUCCCUGUGGAUUCCCACGUCUUCAGUGGCAAGAAGCAAAUGCUGCCUGCGAAAUUCGGGCAGGCCCAAGGGGCACCCUGCGAGGUGGCGCGGUUCUUCCUGGGCGCGCUGCAGACCAACGGCGAGUGCCAGUGGCACUACACCAAUUCCCUGGUUCCCAGCAGCCAGUCCCCCUCCAAAAGCCUUCCUGAGCAGCCCAUGAACAUCAUCAGGCACAACCUUGCCCAGAGUUAUGAAGUCCCACUGUCCAACAGGAGGUACAGCCAGGACGCUCUGCCCGAGGCCUUCCCGAGCUGCACGGCGCCCGUGCCGGGCAGGUACAAGGAGGAUUUUUACGACUCCGGCAUCAUGAAACACAACAAAACCGAGCCCAGGAUCCAACCCCCCGCCCACCUCAUCAAAGAGGAAAACAAGCUGGCCUUUAACAGAGACCUGCCAGAAAAAAUCACCAUCAACGAGGGCUCCUUCCCCAACUCCCUGCUGCCCAAAUCCGAGUGCUGCCAGGCCAAAGCCGUGGGACAGCUCAGCCACCUGCUGCCCGUGCCCUCGGUCUACGAGCAGAGCAGGAGGAUUUGCGUCAAAGACCCCAAAUUUGGGCACAUCAGCCACCAGCCAGGCAGCCUGGAGGAGCUGGAGAGCGGCGAGAGGAUGAAGCUCGACCACGAGGCCGAGAGCGAGCGGCUGGUGGACGUCAGGCCCUCGGGCCAAGUCCCCUUCGUGCUCCUCAACUACCACCACGUGCUGGCCAAGCACGGCGCCUUCCCAGCCUCGCCCUGCGCGGCCGCGGGACACGCGGGGGAGAAUUAUUCCUACAGCUCGGAGGACGUCAACGCCUUCAUUUACAAAAACCAAAGCCCCUCCUCAGCUUCUUCUCCAGAAACACACAAGGAAUCUGCACUGCCCCAUUACAUUGGGACUUCUGUAAUUAUUGCCAACGGCAGGUGACGGUACCACGGGAGGGUUUGAAGAGUUAGAAUUAAGAAGCCAAAUGAAUGAUUUGCAAAAAAAAAAAAAAAAAAAAAAAAAAAAAAAAAAAAAAAAAGAAAGAAAAACUAAAGCAUGAGGAAACGUGGUGACAUUUACUGAGCAAAGCUGGAGGGCAGUGAGGGACAAAGUGAUGAGUUCCACCAGUCCCAGGGCCAGGAAAAUCCCCUCCAUGCCCUGCUGUGCUUCCCGGAUAAAGCUCCGGUGCCAGGGAAAAGCCAAGUUCCAAAUCCUAUUUUUGUUAUUUUAUAGUGUGCAGCAAAAGGAAACGAGAGGUGUUAUAUGCAGAGGUUUAUAUGGAGAACAUUCUUUUUUUUUUUUUUUUUUUUUUUUCCUUGACCCCUCCUGAAAAGAAACUCGAGAUUGUUUUUUAAUCAUUAUAAAAUAUACGUUCUAGUUUAGGGGUUUUUUUGACAAAUUGUGUGAAACCUCACCUCAGCUCUCCACCCAACCCCCUGACAAAUUGACUUUGUUGACAGAGUGGUGAUUUUCAGCAACCACAACACAGCUGUACUACCCAAACAGAAAAAAAAUCUUAUUUAUUAAUUACCAAAAAAGUUUUAAAACUAAAUAAAUCCACCCUAAAUCUGAUUUAUUUAACACAGAUUUCAAUGUUCUGAGAUGGUUGCCACCACCAUUUAUCUGGACAAGGGACAAUAUGACAAAUUAAUAAGUACAAAGAUAGGUAUUACAGGGUUACAGGUCUUGUCAUGGCAAAUUGGGACAAAUUAUGGAGCAGGAACUAAUUCCCCACAAAUAAGAAAAGGAAACUCCUAAAUCCUGUGUUUCCCUGAGUAUUCUGGGGGAAGCCUGUGCAGAUUUUCAACCCAGCCAGUCACAAAUACAUCUUAAUAACAGCACCAGAAAUGUUUUCUUUAUAGUCAAGAGAAUAAUGGACAUUUAUGCCUUAUUUUGAAUUUACCAGUAGAAUUGUGGGCUUUGAAAGGUCCAGCUCUUAACACGCUGAACUUCCUCUGGCAUAAAUCCUGUUGUCAGCACAAAGGUAGGGCUGGAAUUCCCUGAUUUGAGCACUUCACAAAUCCCUAACAGCACAUUUGAAACACUCACAUUCAGCCAGGAAUAGAUUUUCACCCCUUUCUUUUUAAUUCUUGAUCUGUGUGAGUUUCAUCAACAACACUCAGGUGGUUUUCAGCCACUUCCCCAGGCACUGUGAGUGGAUAAAACAACAAAUAAAUGUUGUAGAUCUCACUCAGCUCCAUUUCUCACCCCAAUUCAAGCUUAAUUCAGAAUUUUUCAAACUUUCUCUCAUUAGACUCUAAAGAGAACUUCACUGAAAAACCUUGAGUGCCCUGGGACAGUGGAAGGUUCCCUGCCCAUGGAUGAGCCUGAAGGUUCUUUCCAAUCCAAACCAUUCCAUGAUUCCUUGAAGAAAAUUCUUACCUGGUUUGUGUAAUAGGAAAAAAACUGCUCAUGGAUUGCACCUUGUCAGAAAAAUCAUAAUGCACUACUCAGUCCUAAAAAUUCCAUGUUCUCCCUCUUUUCUGUGCAGCAAUAAUUCAUCCCAGAGUGGUCUGGGUUGGGAGGGACCUUAAAGCUCAUCCACUUCCAAGCCCCUGAAAUGGGAACUUUUCAUUAGAAUAUAAUAAUAAAGUUAUUUCCUUCUGUGUAUGAAUAUUUGUUGCUAAGAGUACACAAAAAUACUUUAAAAGCAAAAGCUUGAAAGUAAUUUUCAGGGGUUUUUUUUUUAAUUCCUUCCCAUUAAAGGUUAACAGAGAAAGCUUUAUUAUCAAAUUAAUUCACUUGAAAGUGAGCUUGAACUGAACACUCUCAGCUGACUUUUUCAACUGCAUGAAAAAUACAUUUUGUGCUGAACAGAACAGAAGAAAAAAACCCAAAUCAGUGAUUACAAAAAAAGCCAAACCAGAAUUGAUCCAGCACAGUCUCCCCCUCUGUAAGCUCGGUUUGUUUAAUGCUGGAGAAGCUGGCAAAUCUCCAGAAAAGCUGUAAAUGUGGAUUAUAAUGGUGCUGACCCCAUAAAUCAAAGCCAGGAGCCACCGGUUGCUGCUCCAGUGGCCGUGGCUGAGAGCCCUCCCAGCCCCUGCUCCUCAUAAACGACCCCAAAAUCCUGAAAAGAUAAUUAUGCCAAGACUCCUGGCUUAAUUUUCUUCAAUUAAAUGAAACCCAUGCCCUACAAAGGAGCCACUGGCAUGGCUGGCAUCAUUAAAAAGAAACCUGAUGCCCAACCCCUCCUGCUGCACUUUCUCCCUCAUUAGUGGCACUGCUGCAUUUGGGUGUUCCUUGCUAGAAAAACAACAAAAAUUAGGUUUUGCUUGAAAUAAAAAACCAAACCCCGCCAUCGAUCUCUUUCAGCUUGGUAUUUUUCCACCUUGUUAUUCCCAUUUUCCACCUUGUUAUUCCCAUUCCAGGAUUUAUUCCAGCAGCCUGAGCAGAGGAGGUGUUCCAUCAUCCUCCCCCAGGUGUUUUAGGGGAGCUGAGGCAAUAAUGAACCAAUUAGGAAUUCACAGCUGAUAAUGCAGGGGGAAGGUGCAGAAAAAAUGGCAAAAGCAAAUGUGGGAAGGAUUUCUUUUUUUAUUUUUGUUUUCUUCCUGCCCCUCCAAGAUUUAAAACAGCGAUUUCCACCUGGGAGUAAAUUCCACUGGGAGAAAAACAGGAGUUUUGGUUGGUUACCAGGGCACUGCCAUCACAGUGUUUUAAUAAUGAAAAAUGUUUUUAGUAACAAAAAAAAAUAAUAAUUAUGGCAGUGAAGGGGAAUGGGAAUUGAAAUAAAUGAUGAAAAAUAACUUCAUUUCUCUUUAGCAUUUGAGUCACUCUUUUGUUGUGAGACUUCACAAGAUUUUAACUCUCAGGGGAGUUCAGACCUGGCAAGAAAAUCGUGGAAAGAGGGAGAAAGAGAGUGAAAGAGGGAAUAUUGUACCAAAAUCAUAGAAAAUUUGGGUUGGGAGGGACUUUAAAGAUCUCAUUCCAACCCCUUGGCAGUCAGGGAAUCUUCCACCAGACCAAGGUAAAGCUGGAAAAGUGAAUCCCAAAUUGAGGUCUCCAGGUUUUGGAAGCAGUGCAAUGGAAAUAAAAUGAGGUGAGAAAGGCACAGAUUUGUCCCCAGGUUUCUGUGCCCUGGGAUUUAAAAAAGGAAAUUUAAGGAAAUUCAGCAAAAUCGGUGCAAAAUUAGGAAAUUCAUCACUGAAAGUGCCAAUGAAUGAGAAAUCUGCCAGAAUUUCUCCAGAAAUCUCAAGACAGGACAGAAAUUGGGUUUUUUUUCAGCAUUUCAGUCACACUUCAGAAAGUCCACAGAGGAAAUGUUGUUAUUCCAUUUUUUUCCUGAAGGUUAGAUUUUGCUUUUUUUUUUCUUUAAUAUGAUGCAGAUAAAAGCUAUUUGGCAAGUGUAGGUGAAGAAGCACGCAACCCAACCAACCUAUCCAUGCUCAGAAUUAUAUAUGUAUUCCCUAAAAAUGUAAAGCAUUUUUGCUUAUUUAUUAUGUAAAACAAACCUGUUAAAAUGUUAAUAAAAUCCUGUAGCCAAAGGAA